AUGACGCAGCUGCGCGUUCUGCGCCUUGGCUGGAACAGCCUGGGGCUGCGGACGGCGCGGGCGCUGGCGCAGGGGCUGAGGCUGUGCUCCACGCUGGAGCAGCUGCACCUUGCCUGGAGCGGCGUCACGGACACCGGCGCGGCACACAUCGCCAAGGCCCUCGAGGCCAACACCAGCGUCAAUUUGCUGGACCUGUCGGGCUGCGGCGUGUCGCCUGCCACGUGCGCGGUGCUGGUGGAGACGCUCGGCGCAAACAGCACGCUGUCGCGGCUCGUGCUUCAAGACAACCCUCUGGGGGCCACGGGCGCCCGCAAGCUGCUGCGCGCGGUGCACUCGGGCGGCCGCCACCGCACCGUGGACCUGGCCGGCUGUGGCUUUUUGCGGUUCCCGUCGCGCGUGGUCGGCAGCGGCAGCGGCGGCGCCAGUGCAAGUGCUAGCAGCGGCGGCAGCGGCGGCGGAGGCGAGGCCCCUAGCAGCGCCUCGCCGCCGUCUGCGACGAGCGGGGCGGACUUCAAUCCUCGGGACGCCAACGGGGUGUACCGCCUGGAUUUGGCUGAACCUGCGCAGCGGCAGGUGGCGGUUGAGCUUCUGAGGCUGGCGGCAGAGCACGGGGUUGAGUCGUGGCGGGGGCCAACAAUUGCCGGCAAGCCCAUCAAUAUCAAGGGGGUGACGCCUCAGCAGCUGCCGGCAAAGGGCGUCCUGCAGCUUGAGUUUGCCUCGGACAAGCGGCCCUCGCUGGACUGCGAGCCCCUCACACACCAGGAGUUUGAGGCAUUCUGGGUUUCCAUGACGGACCCGGCCCGGCUGGCGCAGGCCGCCGCUGACCUGGCGCAGAGCUGGGCGCUGGUUGACGAGGGGUCCAGCGCCGCCACCACCGCCUCCCUCCCCCGCGCCUGGCCGGCCCCGCGCCCCGCCGCGUCCGCGCCGCCGCCGUGCGCGGCCCCCGCCUCCCCGCGCCGCCAGGCGCUGUCAGCGACACAGGCUGGGCGCGGCGGCGGCGACCGCGGAGAGGGCAGGCAGCGGCCGGCGUUUGCGGGUGCGCCCAGGGGAACCGUCGCCGUGGUGGUGCCCUCAGGGGCGGCGCGGCGAAACGCGUCGUGCGGCGUCGGUGGCAGUCAUGUGCACGCGGUCACAGAUGGGUGGAAGCUGGACCUGCUGUCUGUCCUGGUACUGGACUCGUAUUUUACAGCUCAGCAGUCCUCCAACAUCUCUGUGUGGGACUGCAUCAACCUGCAGGCCGGCACCAUUGUGAGCGGCUUCCACUACGGAGAGGACCGGGUGCAGGCGGCUGUCAAGGUGUUUGGUCGGGUGGUUGACCCAGAAAACUUUGCAGCAGAGGUGUACACCACGCUCACACCCAGCCAGGCCGAGCAGGCCGACGCGCGCAUUGGCGUACUGCGGCUGUUCAGCCCAGCCAACCCCACUGGCCGCUACUGUCUGCAGCUUGGCCACCAGACACACUACAUGGUGGCGGUACGCCUGGUGGAGCUGUAUCAGCAGCAGGUGGACGCAGGCCUGUGCGAGUGGCCUCUGGUGCUGUGCGCCAACAGCGUCACCCUAGACGGUGGCCCCCUGGAGGAGCGCCUGCUGAGGGAGCCGCACCUGUUCAGGGUGCCCCGAGAGGGCGAGCUGGCGCUGUGUUUCACGGACCUGCGGCCCAUCCCCGACGACGCACAGCCCCUGACCAAGCAGCAGUUUGCGGUCCUGGUGGCCCACCUGGUAGGUGACGCACGCUUGGAUGCACAAGAGCUGGACGCGGCAGUGCAUGCGACCAGCCUUGGCGCAAAGACGGCCGCCGUCGGGCGCUUCGAGACUUGGGGGGCGGGCCACCCACUCACAGGCAAGGUGUCGGCGAUGCGGCGCGUCAGCUUGGACCCUUGUGCAGUGCGUGUGCGCGACAGUGAGCAUCUUGUGGCUGCAAUCCGGUUCUUCUCCAUCCAUCACUACAUCACGAGCGACCAGCUGGCUCAGCUGCUAGCGCUGCUGCCAGAGUCGGACCCUGCCUCAGGGCCACUGCAGGUCGAAGUGGCGACAGCAUUCUGGGCGCGCUGUGUGGAUAGGCGGCAGGGCUGGAGUGAUGUGCUGCGCGCAUUGGGCAGCGAGCAGCAGGUGUCGCUGUGCCAGCGCCUGGGCUACGCGGUGGUGUUUGACCCCAUCCGGCCCGGGGGCCUGCACUACCGUCUGCGCAUGUACCGCCCUGACGAGUACCAGAUAGCCUGGCGGCUGCACCGCAUGGCGCUCACCGCACAGCACAACUGCUUUGAGGACUUCCGGAUGGACGGCGUCGCGAAGAACUUCAGCCAGAGCGCCAACCUGUGGAGCAUCAUGCGCGGCAACGCCGCAGAGCACGCCACGCCCACGGUGACGCUUGACUUCAACUUUGUGUGGCCGGACAGCGUCAAGACUCACUGGGCGGCGGUCACCAUCCAGUCAGCAUGGCGGAGCUACCUGCAGCGCAAACGCAUCGGCCGCCCGCGCCCCAGCGCGGCCCCGCUGCUCGUCCACCGCCACCCUGGCUCGAGCGGCGCACCAACCCCAACACGCCGCAGCGCCAACGGCGCGCUGGACGCGGCGGCGAGCCCAAAAACGCACCUCAGCGGGGCCGCCCUGGAUUCAGGGGGCCCGCCGCAGGCGUGGGCGCCGCCAGGCAAGCGGCAGCAGCCGUGGGAGGCGAUGUACGGCGGCAGCGGGGGCAGUCAGGCCCGGCCUGCAGCGGGCGGCGGCAACCUGGGGGUGGGGUCCGGGGGUUCCCUGGGUACGAGCAGUCGGGCGGCGACGACUGCGCCACAGAGCACGGUCGGGGGCAGCAGGCCGGUGUCGGCGGCGACGGGCGCGGGCGCCGGUGCUGGCGCGGACGCUGGGCUGGGGGCGCUUGGGCGCGAGCUGCAGCUGGGGUUGGGCGCCAAGCCGCGGUUGUGA